CGAUAAAAACCUACGGAACGAUUUGUUCUGUUUUGUUGGUACGGCUUCUUCUGUGACGCACCCUGGAACUUAGUGACGUCGCAGGACAACAAAGAUGGCAGGAAUAGGAGGAAGCAACUACUGGGAAGAUCUGCGAAAGCAGGCCAGACAGUUGGAGAAUGAACUCGACCUGAAGUUGGUCUCCUUCAGUAAACUGUGCACCAGCUACAGCAGCUCCAGGGAUGGACGUCGAGGAGACACGUCAGACACCACCCCGCUGCUAAACAACUCUACCCAAGACAGGAUGUUUGACACCAUGUCAGUGGAGAUUGAACAGCUGCUGGCCAAACUGACUGCAGUGAAUGACAAAAUGGCGGAGUACACCAACACCCCAGGUACAGCUUCUCUUAAUGCUGCGCUCAUGCACACGCUCCAGAGACACCGAGACAUCCUACAGGAUUACACUCAUGAAUUCCACAAAACCAAAGGCAACUUCUUGGCCAUCCGGGAAAGGGAAGACCUGCUCGGGUCAGUCAGGAAAGACAUUGAGACAUACAAGAGUGGCUCCGGGGUCAACAACAGAAGAACAGAGCUGUUUCUAAAGGAGCAUGAGCAUCUGAGAAAUUCGGACCGACUGAUGGAUGACACAAUAAGUAUUGCUAUGGCGACCAAGGAGAACAUGACCUCCCAACGGGGCUUUCUGAAAUCCAUACAGAGCAGGGUCAACACGCUGGCCAACCGUUUCCCAACCAUCAACAAUCUCAUCCAGCGAAUCAACCUGCGGAAGAGAAGGGACUCUCUCAUCCUCGGCACAGUAAUCGGAGUCUGCACCAUUCUCCUCCUGCUCUAUGCUUUUCACUGAGAGCCAGCCCUGGUGAAAUCUUUAAAGGAGCAGGAUUUAUCUGUAUCUUUGUAACACAGGAACCCAGGAGACUGAGCUUAGUGAUUGGAGGACCCUGGAGGCUCCUGAGCAGAAGGACAUUCAGUUGGUCCAGUUCUUGGAAAGGAACACAUUUGGCCAACAUGAACUACUGAACUUGUAUUUAGCAGUGGGACAGAUGGAGGGCUGCCAACAAGUAAAUGGAGACCAAAAGUAAAAAAAAUAAGACUUGAUUUUAAUCAAUUAUAUUGAUAACUCACUUGGUGAAAAGUGUGAAGAGACCUAUGAGAAUGUGUGAUGCAUAAUUCUUUUUCACAGGUGGAAGGAUUUUUAGUUGGAUGGUCCUUUUUAAUUGAUAAGAGAUACUUUAUUGAUCCCCAGGGGGAAAAUGACAUGUCUGAAAAGAGGUGGGAUGGAUAGUUAAUUGUGGGCUGUAAAAUGUGAAUUAAUAAAUUAUUAAUAUCAGUAUGUACAACAAUGUGUGUGACACUACUAGAUACUGAACAUUUAAAACAUUUUAUUUUUCAAAUUAUAUGAUGUGAACUCUACUGGAAAUAGUACUUGGCCUUCUCAUUUCUGAGCAAGUUUAGCUACCAGGAUGCCUCAGCAGGGCUCGUUCUUCUGUAUUUUCUACCUCUAUCAGAGAGUCGACAGCGGAGAGAGAGAGAGAGCGAGAUGGAGAAUGGCAUGAGGUCCCUGGCUGGACUCGAAAAAUGGACGUUGUGGUUCAUGGUUGGUGCUUUAACUAAUCUGCUAGGCCACCAAGGUACUUUUGCGCUCACUGAUUAAACAUCUAGAGCUGAAUUAAUCAAUGUGACAAAUCAACAGAACAUUAAUCGGCAACCAUUUUGACAAUUUAUUAAUUGUUAAAGUAAUUUUUCAAACAAACGGCCUCUAAAAUCUGAAAAUGUUCUGCCUUUCCUUCCCAAAUACAGUUUAGUGAACAUAUUUAGGCUUUGGGACUGCUGGUUAGACAAAACAAACAAAAUGGUGACCUGUUUCACUUUUUUAAAAAUGUUUUCUGGCGCAGUUGAUUAAUUGAUUGAUCAACAAAAAUGUAAGUUUAUAAAAAGUGUAAGGUAAAUGCAGCUGCACACA